GCGCGGUGUUUGCACUUUCCAAAGCUCUUAGGCCACCUCAAGAACUCUUCCCACAUCUCGGCGCCUGACAAGGGUGUUUAGAGAGGGACGGAUUUCCCUUCCCCCAACUAUCACCACCCUUUCUAACCACCCUCCCACCCGGGUGUGGAGACCUCGUUAUCCCAAACGCAGCUGCCGUCCGGCCACGGGUGCUCAGCCUGGGAGUGACCUGAGGGUGGAUCCGGGGAGUUGCGCAGGGACAUCUCUACACUGUUCCCAUCCGGGAACAGGGCAACAUCUACAAGCCCAACAACAAGGCCAUGGCAGACGAAAUGAACGAGAAGCAAGUGUACGACGUGCACACCAAGGAGAUCGACCUGGUCAACCGCGACCCCAAGCAUCUCAACGAUGACGUGGUCAAGAUUGAUUUUGAAGAUGUGAUUGCAGAACCAGAAGGGACACACAGUUUCGACGGCAUCUGGAAGGCCAGCUUCACCACCUUCACUGUGACGAAAUAUUGGUUUUAUCGCCUGCUGUCUGGCCUCUUUGGCAUCCCAAUGGCACUCAUCUGGGGCAUUUACUUCGCCAUUGUUUCUUUCCUGCAUAUCUGGGUAGUUGUACCGUACAUUAAGAGUUUCCUGAUUGAGAUUCAGUGCAUCAGCCGUGUCUAUUCCAUCUGCAUCCACACCUUCUGUGACCCACUCUUUGAGGCUACUGGCAAAAUAUUCAGCAAUAUCCGUAUCAACAUGCAGAAAGAAAUAUAAAUGACAUUUUAAAGAUAGAAGUAUAUCUGAUUCUUUUUUUUCUCCUUUUAAUUUUCUCGGUGCCAAUUUCAAGUUUUAAGUUGCUAGUACAGCAACAAUAUAUAAGUGAAUUUUCUUGGUUCAGAAAAAAAGAAAUCAUUCUCUCAGUUUUCAGAGCUAUUAUUUAUCUCUUCUGAGCUAUUUCAUCUUUUUUUUUUUUUUUGGUGGUCUAAAUUUUUUAAACUCAUUUAAAAUGUUUUCCUUACAUUUUUAUUUGCAUGUGGAUCAUUGUUUUAUUGCCUGAGAUAUGACUCUAUUGUUAAAAGAUAAUUUGAGAGAAAUAUGAAGAACUAAGGAAGAAAAACAAGAACCAACAAUCUCAAAUGCCUAUUCUAAAAUGAUCAUUUUAUGAUAAGGGAAGAAUUCCAGGCUUAAUUGUACAGGUAUGUGGGCUGGUUUUAAGCAAACUCUUCCCUUACCAUCUGAAGUGUUAGUGGAUUGCUGCCAUCCACUUUAAUGAUACAGUGGGAUCUAGUGAUCUUUAUCAAAUUAGAAAACAUACUCUGCCUUCACAUGAUCCAACUAAUGCCUUACUCUUCUUGAAAUUUUAACCUGAGAUACUUUCUGUGCCAGAAUAUUUCUUAUAUAGAUAAUGAGACCUCAAGUGCCUUCCUGUUCUUCACAGUUUCCUUUUCGAAUAGGGUCCAACUGGUCAGCUUUCAUGAGAUCAGCAACCUUCCUAGAGACCAAAAUUAGAAAAUACAUUACCGAGUUCUUCAUGCUUGUUUUUGACUGUGAGAUAGAGUCGGAUGAAGUUCCUGUCUGCACUUGAUCAUGCAACAUCUUUAUCCAUAUGGAGUAUGAUCCACAUCAGCCCCAUGAAAUGAAGUAAGGUGAACAAAUGGGGCUGAGCCCUCUCUGGGCUGGCAGGAGUGGAAGCCAACUUUCCCUGCCUCUCAUCAGCUGAAUGAGGUCAGCAUGUCUAUUCAACUUCGUUUAUUUUCAAGAAUAAUCACGCUUUCCUGACUCCAAACUAAUCCAUCAUUGGGGUGGUUUAGUGGCUGAACAUUGUGUUCCCUUUUCAGCUGAUCAGUGGGCCUCAGGGGAAGGGCUCAUAAAAUGGAGGCCAUUGUGUGAGACUGUCAGAGUUGUUGCAAAUGUGACCCCUUUAAAGUAAAGCACUUGCAAACGUCUGUUAUGCUGCGACACAUGGCCCCUCCCCCUGCCAGGAGCUUUGGACCUAAUCCAAGCAUCAUUUUGCUCGGAGAGAAGAUGGGGGAGGAGGCAGUAAUAAAAGAUUGAGUAGUUUUGCUGGAAUAAAUUAGAAUUCUUCCGAACUCAAACUGAGGAAUGUUAGUUACCUGUAAACCUGAGUCAUACAGAAAGCUGCCUGGUACAUCUAAAAGCUUUUUAUUCCUCCUGCUCAUAUUAAGAUUCUGUCCUUGGGGAAUUUAUUUUUAACCUUCAGUUGUGCUUUUACUUUUAGUUUCAUACACCUGUUAGAUGGACUCUGCCUGAUUUUUUUUUUUGUCCCUUUCAGUUUUCCUGACAUUUUAAUUACCAACAUCUUACAUAUUUUGAUUUUUUGCAUUUAAAACAGACACUGGCAUGAACAUAGUUUUACUUUUAAACUGUGUACAUAACUGAAAAUGUACUAUACUGCAUACUUUUUUAAGUGUAAAGAUAUUUUUAUCUUUAUAUAAGGAAACUCACUUGGGAAAUUGCUUUGUGAUUCAGUCUGUAAACUGCCUAUCCCAAGACAUGUCUGUUCUACUUAGAUGCAGAUUGAGUGUUGGUCCAAAAGAUUGCUGAAAUUUAUAUGCUUACUGAUAUAUUUUACACUUUUUUAUCCUGCAUGUCUGUAAAGUUAUAAAUCUACACAAUAAAAAUGUUUAACAGUUCAA